AUUGCAUCAAGUUUCGUUCACUGACAAUGUAGUGUAAACCAUUGUGGUGAUAAAACAGUACAUUCAUUUACAUUACACACAAUUGUUGCUUAUAACAGUUUUCGUCGUGUUUGUUCAACAAACACAACGUUUAUGCUAAAUAUCGUAACGUCAUAUAUAUUUUCAGUUUGUUAGGUGUGAUGCUUAUGGACUACGCGAGGGUCAUUAAGACUGAAUUUCACCUGUAUUCCAACACCAAGAAUACUUUAAUCCCUAAAAUACGGACUAAAGUUAAACCCUCAGUGUUUAUGCUCCUCCCGGUGUGUACACAUUAUUUUCAGUUACAUUUGAAGAUAGUUAACCCCCUCACCUUGAAGGUCUGUUGCCAUUUUGCAUACACUAUUUCAUUUAUAAUACUUGAUCCUAUGGGAUGUUGGUAGUAUUUACUGUACGAACAAGUUGUUUUUAAGAAUAAUGAGUACAUAUAACAUGCUAAAAGGUCUGAGACUAUUGAGAUAUAUAUAGAUGUAUCGUUAACAUAAAGCUCCGCGAAAAUUAUAUUAAAUGCCAUGAAAAGUGGGUGCAGCUCUUCAGUGUGUAUCCAGACUGAAGGAAGUGAGGACGUAUGUGUAUGGAACUCUCGUCCACUUUAAUUGUACCUCUUUAUUGAGUUUUUAACUGAGUGUUUACCUUGUAAUUUAUUAAGGAGUUAUAUGCACGGAACGCAAGGAAAGAUCAGUAGCAGUUCUGCUGUUCGACAGUUGUGAAGGUUGUGAUGCGUGGGGAGAAUGGUGAGGCUAUUGUGGGUGGAGGCAGAGAGUUGGUAAAUGAUGAGCUGAUGAUAUCAACAAGCAGAGAGAUGAAGGGUUCCCCCAGCCCACCACUGAGUGCUGCUGUCUCUCAGGUCUCCCUGGCCCCCAGUGACCUGACCACCAGUGAUCCUGAUCUGGCUGCCUCCUCGGCCUACUCCUCGGGUUCCUCUAGACCGCCCUCGUCACAGUUGUCUCUGGCUGCCACUGACCUAGAUCUGAUAGCAGAUGUAUGUUCCAGGCCUCCUUCAUCUGGUAUAGACACGCCUGACCUUGCAUUACCAGCUCCUGAGGACUACACCACUGAAACAGUGGAAUUUCCAACAAGUCCUCUUGCCUUGAAGACUGGUAGAGAGAGGUGUAAUGGUGUUUGUUUUGUGGAGUCAGAUGAAGUAAUUGGAGACGUUCAUCCUGGCAGGCAAAACUUCCUCACUCCCAGUUAUGUAUCAGAUGAGUUAGAAUCCUCUGACGAUUCACCCAAGCAAGAUGCCUUUGAAGUUGGUAGUGAUCUGGAGGAAGAGUAUUUUGAAGAAUUUCAUCUUCCCAACUCUCAUGAAAAUGCCUUUGUGAGGCACAAAAGUUUUCGACGAAAGGUAAAUCUGACACCCAUCCAUGCUCCUGAUGCUGAGAAGAUUGAAGGGUUAGUACGAACUGGCGAGUUUCAAAGGCAUGGAAGUAUGCGAAGGAAAAUUGUUCCUGAAGAAACUUCUGUUCUAAAGGAAUCUAAUAUCAGAGGCAGAUCAAAGUUAGUUAAUCAUCAUAACUUGGAAGAAAUUGAUACAAGUAGUUCUUUGUCAUCAGAUAUUAAUGGAACCUUUGCAAGAGACCUCAGGGAAAUAGAGAAUAUGUUAAACGACAGUGAAGAAGUGGGAGAAAAUAUUUCUGACAUUGUGGCUGGUGAUAAUCUUAUAAAUGAAAAGUUGACUAAUGAUGCAGUACUUCCAGAGUCACAUCAAGGGAUUCAGCAUGCUAAUACAUCCACACCAAAAUCCAACAGUACCAAGAAGAGCUCUGAUUGUGCUUCAAUAGACAUCAGUUUGAACAUGAAUGAAGAAACUCCAGGUGAUGAAAGCCUGAGCAUUGAACAAAGCACACUUAUGAAGGUUAGAGAAUGUCUGGACUUCACAAAAUAUAAAGAUAUAUACAACCUUAGUGGGAGACUACAAGACAUCCUUACACCUAAGGAAAUAGAGGAAGUUUUGAAUAAUUCUGAGCGUUACAGCAAAUAUGUUAAUAAGGAUGUAAUAGAGGCCCUUCACAACUCUUUACAGGAGCAGCAUAAUAAUAAUAAUAAUAAUAACAGUACUAGCAAUACUGAUAGUGGAAUUUCCUCUCCCAAAAAAAUGAUCUCUGCAGAAGGGUUGGAUUUGGAUAACUUUGUAAAGAUGGAUAUCCGGGCUGUAUUUGAUGACAGUAACCCCAAAAUAGUUGAUUCUGAAGCUAAUAUUUCAAAGUCUUCUAAUGCAUUUAUUGAUGACGAAUUUGAGGACAUGGGCUUCAGGUUUGAGAGACGUAGAUCACUACGGCUUGGUAAAACAGGGCACAAAGAACUGGAAGUUGAGGGUGUUUUCAUUGAAAGCAAAUCUCAGGACAUUGGCCUUAAAAAGAUAAGAGCUCCUACUCUUGACCUAAGUGGUAGCACUAGUGAAGAGUGUGCUGAAGUACCAGAUUUAUCAAAUCCUGACAUUACUGAUGCAUCAGUUGCUAAAGAACAAGAUUGUUUAACAGGUUUUGGAAGCAGUAAUAUUAAUAACAAAGUAGUGCCAUCUCCAUGUGUUCUUGUGCCAGAUAUUGUAAUUACAAACACUUAUGAAGACAAUAGUAAAGAUGAAUCUAGUGCAUCCAUUUUGCUGAUUGAAAACAGUGAUAUUUCUGACAAGACCUCCACACCUGUUACUUUUGGAACUUCUAAUAGUAAUAAGACUAAUUUUACAGAAGAAAGACCAGUGAAUUUGGAGUUUGGUACUCCAAACCAUCGAAAACGAAUCUCGGUAGCUGAUGACAUCUUAUGUUCCCCUGUUGAAGAUGACACCAUUUCUGUUGCAUCAUCAUUUAGCCAGAGGAGUAAUGGAGAACAAGAGGAUGAUAUUGAGGAAGAAGACUUGGAGGGCUCAGAACCUGCAGAGAUGAAGUAUAAUAUGGACCAUGAACCUCUACCACCACCGCCACCACAGCUUAUACCAGAGUUUUCUGCUGCCGAAGAAACUGCUGAGGAAAGACACUGGCGGAGUGUGGUAAUUGGUGGUGUGUGGAGGAAGAUUGAUAUGAAAGUCAUAGCUCCAUACCGCAAGUGUAUAAGCCAUGGAGGCUACUUGGGAGAAAACCAGAAUGCUGUGAUAGUCAUCUGUGCUUGCCAGCUGCCUGAUCGUUCAAGACGCGACUACAACUAUGUUAUGGACAACCUCUUCUUAUAUGUUCUAUCCACUCUGGAGCAGCUGAUAGCUGAUGAUUAUAUUUUAGUUUACCUUGCUGGUGGCACCCCAAGUUCUACUAUGCCCAGUUUUCACUGGCUAAAACGAGCAUACCAGAUGAUUGAUAGGAAGCUUCGUAAAAACUUGAAGGCCCUGCAUGUGGUGCAUCCAACCUUUUGGGUCCGAGCUAUGGUGACAUUCUCAAGACCUUUCAUUAG